AUGUCUAAUGUGAUCUCGGAAAACCUGAGAACAGUGAUAGACGUCACGCCAAUACCGAAAAUGACUAAGCUAGUGAAGAUAUGUGGCCUACGAACCACGGAAGCGGCAGAAAAAGCUAUAGAUUCCGGUGCGGAUUUAUUGGGGGUGAUCAUGGUGCCUAACAGAAAGAGGUCUGUGACUCACUCAGUUGCAUCUGAUAUUUCACAACUCGCUCGUGAAGCCAGAGAAAAGUCAGAGCGUGCAUUGAAAACUCCGACAGAAAUAGUGGCAUAUGUCCAAAAGCAACAACUUGCGAGCCAUGAUCUGUACUUCAGGCUUUAUCACCAACUACUUGUUGAAAACGGUCCAUUCUUAGUUGGUGUAUUCAGAAACCAGAAUAUCGACGAAGUGUUUUCCCUUGCAGAAAAAUGUGCUUUGGAUUGUAUCCAGCUACAUGGGAGUGAAGACAUCAGUCCGUAUUUGGAACGUAACAAGGAUGGAAAGUAUUUGAUUAUCAAAAGAUACGUGAUUCCAGAUCAUGUGGCGGAAAUGAACGACUUCUUUACAACCGUGUGUGAUCGUGCCAGCGAAGGAUUUGCUUUCCCACUUUUAGAUUCGGAAGCUGGAGGCGAGGGUAAGACCAUUGAUUGGAGCUUGAUCAACGACUUGGAGGGCAAAUUCGUACUUGCGGGCGGACUAUCGCCGGACAAUCUCAAAGACACAGUUCCGUACUCGAAGAAUGUGUUUGGUUUUGAUGUCAGCGGGGGUGUCGAAGAUGAAAACGGUGACAAGGACUUGCCCAAAAUUGAGCAAUUUGUGCUCGAGGGCAAACGUAUGUGA